CACAAGCGCUCUUUUUCGUCUCCCAUACACGUUCUACGCCAUCUUGAAAUUACACCCGCAGUUUAUCAAGUCGCUCCCAAUUUUUUUUAAAACAACCCCUCUCUCCAUUAUUGCAUCAGUGUUUGGUAUGAACGGUUCGCAAAACAAAUCGGCACCGAAAGUCAGCAAAGGUAAGACGGACGCAGACACCGGCUCGGAGACGAAGCACAGGGACCGAAAGACAGGUGGAGGAAUGCUGAAGAAGCUGAAGUCGAGGCGCAGUCAGACGGAUAAGUGGCCUGUGGUCACAGAGGAUGAGCUCCGGGCUCUGGGGAGGGACAUCACCCCGGACAAUGUCCUGGGCCUCCGGGCAGUCACGGAGGACUAUCUGUGCAAACCUGAGGACAAUAUCUACAACAUUGACUUCACACGUUUCAAAAUCCGAGAUCUGGAGACUGGAACAGUGCUGUUUGAGAUUGCCAAACCUCCUAACAGCGGUCCUGUGGAGGGUGAAGAAGAGAGUGGAGAUGUAGACAUCAGUGCAGGGCGUUUUGUGCGAUAUCAGUUUACACCAGCCUUCCUAAAACUGUGCACAGUUGGUGCAACUGUGGAGUUCACUGUCGGCGACCAGCCCAUUAACAGCUUUCGUAUGAUUGAGAGGCAUUACUUCCAGGGACGCCUUCUGAAGAACUUUGACUUUGACUUUGGAUUUUGCAUUCCCAACAGCCGCAAUACAUGUGAACACAUUUAUGAGUUUCCACAGCUUCCAGAUGACCUCAUUCGCCAAAUGGUGGCGCACCCUUACGAGACCAGAUCAGACAGUUUCUACUUUGUUGACAACAAACUCAUCAUGCACAACAAGGCAGACUAUGCCUACGAUGGUGGUCUCUAAUACCUGAUGGGAUAAUGUUUGCAAUACUUCCCAGGGGGUUGAUUUCCGGCAUCACAACCACCCAAAAGCUUUUUUUUGGGACAGAAGUAUUCUCUCCUUUGUGGACAUUCCACCGAACUUGACAACAUUCUUCAGAAACAACGGACCAGAUCUGCCUUCAUAUGAAAUCAUGGAUCCAUUCAUCAGUACCUCAUUGAGCUCAGUUUCUGUGACUCUGAGGAAUGUUCAGUCAAAUGUUUCUCCGUUUAAUCUGACUGAAACCUUUUUGUUCUGUCUUUCGGUUUGUCAUGCAAGUAUCAUGUUUCACUUUUGCCUUAGGUUUCUUUCCGUCUCUGCUGGAAAGGGACAUUUUGAGUCAAAGACCUCUCAUGGCAAAGCCUUUAGACUGUGUUAGCUAAAACUUAAUUUACUUUAGUAUAUAGAUGUUAUCAGUUGAUGUUUAUUGAAACAACUUUCGCAAGUGACAAUUGUGUUUCCCAUAAGGAAAAGCGAGCAUUAACUAGAUGUUUUACAGUAUUGUUAAUCAUAGAUGAUCAUGUAGCAUUAGUUGACAUUGUUUGAGUUUCAUUCUUGCUUAAAUAUCUACUAUCAGCUGUCAGUCAUUGGGACUGUUUGUGACAGAUAUUUAAGUUUAGCUUCAGCUUUAUAAGGAACAUUAGGUUGACCAAUCUCAUCUUUAGUAGGACUUUUAUUAAAUUAAGGAUAGCAUGAGCUCUUUUCGUGAUGCCAGCUGGUCACUCUGCUAAUAUCUGUAACAAUUAUUUUUUUUACAACAUUGUUGACUGGGAGUCUAGUGUUUGUUCUAUCAAACUCUGAAACACACUGUGAUACAUGAAAAUGACAAGAUAACACAAUGAUCUGAGUUCCUGGACUUGCUUUAUAUGCCAUGUCUCAAACUAUUUGUUCUUCCCCUUUAGCCACUCCAAUGUGUUCGCACACAGUUAUUUAUCCCAUUGAGGUGAUUCUUCCUCACUUAUUUGGCACAACAGCACCGGGAAUCCCACUCUUGUUUUCUAGUGGUGUGGUAUACCUAUUAAACUGUUUGCUGAGUGUAUCUUCAGCUGCUCUGCACUCAGGUUCUCAAUCUAUCAAUCUAAUACACAGUAGCACAAAACAUUACACAACACAGUACAGACUGAUGUAGCUCGGUAGUUGAUCUAUUUUUAAUUAGGCAGUUUUAUUAGAUGCAGAAAUUGACAUGUUUCCCUUUUCAUAGAAGCCCUGUUUUAAGGACUAUACUGGUGGUUUUGCAUAUUGUAGCCCAACAACUACAUAUUGUGUUAUGUUUAAAUUAUACACAUGGUUCCAGUCUUAUUAGGUACACCUGUACAAUGUAAUGAUAUUGUGCAGCCUUCCAAUAAAUCCAACCUUAGUUAAGCUUGCAAUAGUCAUUUUGGUGACACUUUAUCACUUUAUUUAAGAGGCGUGCUGUUGAAUUGUAUUACACCCACUGAAAGGUCGGGAUGUCUGAUUAGCCAGUUACAUUUCUCAUAUUUUCACAUCGUACAGACAUGAAUGGAAAUCACCGGGUGGCUGAAAGGCAGGAAAUAAUUCCUAAAUGGUCAGCAUUUUUAUUAUGAUGAUGCAAUGAAUUUAUGUCAUGCAAAACAGCUGGAAUAGUCUAAAUGUAAUUUUCAAAUGUUGAACAAAUGAUCCAUUAACUGUACAUUGUAACAGUGAUUCCAUGUGCCUUUUUUUAUCCAGGUGUUUGUUGUUAGGGUUUUUGUUUUUUUUAGAAAAAAAACUUUUUGCAUCAUCCACCUAUUUGGCUAAAGGAAUGGAAAAAAUAUUGCAAUACUGCCUUGUGUGAAACAUACUCAUUUGUUCUUGUACAAUUUGGCAUUUUUCAGUUCAAAAACAGUGAAAACCCAUUAUAUAGCCCAUUUAUAACUCCAACAAGUGUGCUAUCAGAUACACACUUGGACAGCUGUAGCCUUCACUCCAUGACCCUAUGGAACCCAUUUUGUUUAACCAAUUGGAUGUAUGUUGGACUAGUGGUUAUCAGCACUGGUGUUGUAAGAGAUAGAGACUGUGCAUUGUUUUGCCAUACAGUAUCACUCAGUGGUAGUACAAUUGGAUGAUCUUAAUGCCUUGAUAAGUGGCUACACGUUGUCUGUCUGCACUAAAAGGCUACAUGGCUGUCCCAAAAACGUAUAGAUCCAUUCUGUAACCUGUCAUGAAUACUCUUUUUUUAUAUUGGCUGAUUUUUAACAAAUAAUACCUUCAUGUCAUAUCAGACUAAUUGCAAGUAAAAAUGGCAAAAUGCAAAACAAUGAAAUCAUUCAAAGUAAACUAUCAGGGUUUUUUGGGGCUUUUCUAUCUUCCAGCUGAAUGGUAAACAUAGUUAUGUGACAUAUGAUUUGAUUAUGGGACCCGCCCAAGACAAGAAAAAAACGUCUUUACAUAUGUAUAUUUACACUAAAUCUGAAUUAUUUGUGCCUGCUGGCAUUCUUAAACCCACACCACUUUGGAUAGUUGUUGCAGACUGAAUAUUUUGGAUAUCACAUGACUAUGGUAAAGUUUCCAUGACUUCUUUUUUUUUUUUUUUUACUUUCUAUUAGAAAUUUCCAACUGGGAAAUCUAUUUCAUUGUUUGAACUUUUUAUGGAUGGACCAAUUUUGCACAGCUCCUGUUUUCCGAGAUGUUUGCCUUUCUCCGUGAGUAUAGUGAUGAUUUAAAUAGAAUGACCUUGAUCUAUCCUCUUCCCAGUCUGAUCUGGUCUUGAUCAAACCGUUUGUAUGACGACAGUGAUGAA